AUUUACACAAUCGCCAAACACUUUGCGAACUCUUGUGAGUCGACGAACAGAGCCUGCAUUCUGUUGUCGUGGAAGGAAAACUUUUCGAAAAGAAGGCUCAGAGCCACCACCAAAUCUGCUGGUAUUUAUUUACAUCCUGAAUUUCCUCCUUUCAGAAAAAAACACCCAAUUUUUUUAGAGUGACACAUUCAAGAGAUGAUCUACAAUGUACACACAUUCCUUGUGAUAACUUAUCACUGAUAAGGUCAAGAUUUAGUUAUUUAUCCAGUCCAGAUUAGCUAUUUACGCUAGAUUGGAUUUGUUUGCGUGCUGUGGUGGUGACAGAUAAAGGGUGAUUAUUUACGAGUUGUUGUGCGAUAAAGGAUUUAGAUUUAGCACACCAAGUUGAUUAGCAAACUGUAAUAAUAAUCUCAAACUAUCUCCUGCCUGCCUGCCUUGAUCAGUUUUGGCUCAGAAGAACACCGGGUAAAGGAUUCGGACAAACAGAAAGACUAAUUACACCGGCUGUGUCGAGUACAAAUUGUAGAAUUCCAUCCCCUUCCCCUCGCCCAUUUUGACGGAAAUGUCAAUACUUUGUAAAUUGGAAUGACGACUUCUAUUCGCUGUGGACCUUUGACCAUCUCCGCUGAUUUUGAUUCUGGAAAUGUUUUAAGAGCUGAACUUGUUUAUCCGGUUGACCUACUUCGGUCAAAAGUUGCUGCACUUCCGUCCACGUCGUCGGCGUCACUUUCUCUCGCAUAUCCAUUUGAAAAUCAAGAUUACGAGCUCAACGUCUGGACAAGGCCUGACUGUUACGGAACAUCAUUCGAAAAUGGAAAUAGAACUUGGUUCUAUUUCGGAAUUAAUGGGGGCAAGUCCAAUGGCGUCGUCAAGAUUAACAUUGCCAACCUUAAUAAACAGACAAAGCUAUUUUUACAAGGAAUGCAACCAGUUUCUCGGAUCCUGCCUGAUAAAUCAAAGUGGGAGAGAAUUGAUGAUCGAAUCAUAAUAAAUGAAAAUAAGCCUCAAGAUAACGGAUGCAGCAUCAGCUUCCGCAUAAAACUUCCUGAAGAUACUAAUAAAUCCACCCUGUAUGUUGCUUUCACGUAUCCAUAUACAUACCAGGAAUUAUGUGAUGUCCUCAACCACUUGGAUUCAGAGUUCUUGAACAAACUUGUUGUUCCAAAAGCUAAGCUAAAUAGAAGAGAUUUGCGGCUCAAUCCAUUAGCAGCAUCAUCAUCCGAAAAUGAUAUCUACUAUCAUCGGGAAUGUGUGUGUUACUCCCUUGAAGGGAGAAGGGUAGAUCUCCUGACAAUCUCGUCAAUUCAUGGGAUAUCGGAAAAACGAGAAGACCGACUCGCCAACCUUUUCCCUAUUCUUCAAGAACCUCGACCUUUUAAAUUCCCAGGAAAGAAAGUUGUAUUUCUUUCUGCUCGCGUCCACCCAGGAGAAACGCCGUCAAGUUUUGUUUUGAAUGGAUUUUUACGAUUUAUCAUGCACAAAACGGACCCAAGAGCUGUGAUAUUACGAAAAUUAUUUGUUUUUAAGUUUAUUCCGAUCCUCAAUCCUGACGGUGUUUUCAAAGGACAUUAUAGAACGGAUCCACGCGGGAUCAACUUAAAUCGCGUAUAUCUAUCGCCGUCUCCAAAAUUUCAUCCUUCGAUUUAUGCCGCUAGGAAACUGUUGAUAUACUACCACAGUGGAGUUGAUCCUCCAGAAGCAUCCGAAGUUGAAGAAGAAUUAGAGGAAAACGUUGAAUUGCAGCACGAUUGUACCAACUCCAGCGUGGAAAGCAUUAGCGUCGAUACCGCUAUUCCUCGACGAACGAAUAGUUGUGAAAUAGAUGUAAAAUAUCACGACUCAUCCAUUACACUUUUCUCUGAGGACACCUGCUUUGAUCCACUUCCUGGUCCUGCGGAACAUGGAGGCAUUUUGAAUCCUCACAAUCAAGCCUGCCAGUCAUCAACAUCGUCCAAAAAACCCUACACUUUCGUUCUCAGUGAUACCAACAGUAUUUGCGCGGGAUGUGUACCGUUGGACGAUUCUGCCAACUGUUCUUCAAGGAGUAUGCCUUCCGGAGGUCAAAGCCGUUGUGACUCGCUGAACGAAUCUUUAGGCAGCACCCAUCAAUGCGCAUUUGAAGCAUGUGAUGAAGAUUCCGUACUCUAUGAAAAUAUGAAGCUCAAUGAUUCCAUUAAUAAUAACAUGGAGAUUGAGCAGCAACCUGGGAACGUGGAGGAUUUAUCAUUAUCGUCGUCGUCUGGAAGCCGAAUCAAAUCCAGCAGGAGAAAGAAGAAAGUAUCGCCGGUUAAAGAUAAAAAACAGAAAACACGCCAAAGUUCUGAGACCAUUUCCAGAGAUAAAUUGUUGGGCAGUGCUAGUACAAGGGUGAAGAAACCACCAGGAACCAGCACUUCUGGUGUCUUUGAUAAUAUGAAGUGGCCAUUUGACAUGAAAACUUCCAGGCUAACUCGAUCUCAGAAAAGUGGACCGUACAAAAGUACAAGCAGUACAAGCAGAUAUUAUGAUCCUUCGUCUGGUCUGUUUUUGUAUGUUGAUAUGCACGGCCAUACUACAAAACGAGGAAUUUUCAUGUAUGGAAACCACUUUCCUGAUGUGAAUACGCAAGCAGAAUGCUUAUUACUACCACGUAUAAUGAGUAUAAAUUCGCCUAAUUUCGAUUUUGCUGCUUGUAAUUUUACUGAACGGCUCAUGUGUUGCAAGGACAAGAAAGAUGGCCUAAGUCGAGAAGGAAGUGGGCGUGUAGCCUGUUUGAAAUUAACAGGAUUGGUCAGAAGUUACACCCUAGAGUGUAAUUACAACACUGGACGAGUCGUUAACGCAAUUGUCCCCCGUCCCUCUGCUGCGGGAUUUAUUGACGAUGCUAUUUCUUCAAACGUAUUUCAACCCCCGAAAUAUACAAUUGAACUAUUUGAACAGAUUGGCAAAUCACUGGCUGAGACGGUGUUAGACAUCUCGGGACAAAAUCCCUUCUCGCGAUUGACUUCAACCGAGUUGAAAACUGUGGAGGGAGUUAAACGCUCCCUCGUCCAUCGGUUGAAACUAAGCCCAGAGUUUAAAUCGGCAAUAAACAUUGUGGGUGGACCGGAGCCAUCCAUAAAAAUUGAUCCACAUUCGAGUUCUCUAGACCUGGACGGGAAGGCUGGACCUUUAAGUUCAAAAAUUAACAGAAAGCUAAAAUCUAAUAAUAAGGUGUUGACGCCGUCCCAAUCUGGAGGACCAUUAGGUCCAAAGAAUCGAGAAAAUCGAAACUCACACGAGAAUGUUAAACCUGUUGGAUCUCAGUCCAAAAUCAAACUACCAAAGAAACAAUUCAGCAAAUUAUUACCAAACGAUGACGCAUCAUCAUCCUCGAAAUCCGCAAGUCUUCCAAAAACAAAAUUGGCGAAAGCGAUGAAACAUAAAAAUUUUCCACGGGUUUCAUCAUCCAAGGGAAAAAAUAAAUUAGACAAAUCAGAUUCUUUAAGAAAAUGAAGCUAUACAGAUUUCAAUGGGAAUUUCAUAAGUACGGAGAUGCCAAGGAAGUUUCAGUUUUGCACACAUACAACAGACGAGAUGCAGAUGCGGAUAACCAAAAUUAUUUAAAUUUGAAACAGGAAUUGUAGAUUUUUUUGUGGGGAUUUCUCAAAAGCUUAACAUAAUACACAUGUAAGCAAAGAAGUCGAUUUUUUUAUGCAACAUGUAUUCUCCCUGAUCCCCGUAAAUUCUUGUCUGAUGCGAUUCUUAUUCAUAAAUGAAAUAAAAUACAGUUUGUUACAUACACAA